AUGGACGGUGCGCGGGCCCGGAGGAGGCGGCACGGCCACGGGCACGGGACCCCCGAGACGAUGUGCGACCGUAGGGGCAGAGAGCUGAGCGCAGCACGAGGGGUCCCGGGCGCCGGCAGGACCUGGAGGGGCGACGUGCCUGUAAAGGACCGAGCGAAGGCCUGCGGGCUGCACCCGGGAGGAAUGCGCCCGCCUCCUGCUCGUAAAGCUGCUCCUCCCGCCUCUCGAGUGCUGGAGGAGGUCAUGCAGAGGUCACCAUCAGGAGAGGCUGGCACAAGGCGCGGAGGCCAGCUCCGGCAGCUCACACCCCGGGGUGCGGGGCCCUCGGUGGACCAGCUCCAGGCUGCUCACACCCCGGGGCACGGGGCCCUCAGCGGGCCGCCAGGCAGCGCAGGGUGGGCAGGGAGCGGAGUGGAGGGUGCAGAGCUGGAGGCCAUGGGGACCCAGCGUUCCUCUCCGGGGCGUCCGGUCUGGGUCCUGGCCUGGGCCUGGCUGGUGCGCCUGGCGAGGCUGGUGGAGGCCCGGAGGCUGUGCCCAGCUGAUGCGGCUGGGGCGCUCGGGUUUCGACCGAUGCCAGGCCUGAUAGCGUCUCCUCCCGGGCCGCGGGCCACGCGGGCAGGCACACUGCUCCGGAGCUGCAUGCCGUGGCCGGGGGCCCCCGCCCCGUGCCUCAGCAUCCCCGCCCGAGUCCACCUCCCACCUGGGGCCGCUGCUCCCCCGGAGAGCACCGGGCUGGGGGCCACGGGGCCUCUGCCGGAAGUCACCCCUGGGGACCCCGUCCUGGGGAGACGCGUGCAGGCAUCAGUGGAGGCUGAAUGGGAGCAGGGCCUGGAGUCUGGCCGGCACGGGGGAGUCGAUGGCGGUCCACAGGGGCUUCUCAACUGGGACGUGGGGGCCGGGUCUGGACUCUCCCUGCCCGCCUGGCCCUCCGCUACCGUCCUGGACGCUGACCUCCCGCUGGCACGGCCACGCGCACGGGUCCGGCAGGCCCACGGCACCCUGCCCUCCCAGGGCCCUGGCUCAGGGCUGACCAGGCCCUAG